GCGGCGCGAACACCGUGCGCAGUCGGCCCCGGGCUCCAGCGGCGCGCGCGCAACCGACACUCCCGCGCCGCGUCACUCAGCGCCAUGACCGAGUACGCAGAGUACGACUGGAGAAUCCGGCAGAUGCAGGACGAGCGCCUCUGCGAGGUGGCUAGGAAACGACUUAGUGACGGCGACCGGCAACGCGCACUCGACGGAUUGAAAGAAGCUAUCGACUCAAGUUUAAACCUCGCCCUGCGCGACAAGAGCCGGUGUCAGGACGACAACUUCCUGCGGCGGUUCCUGUACGCGCGCAAGCACGACGUGCAGCAGGCGUUCGAGCUGGUGGUGCGCUACCACCAGUAUCGGCGGGAACACGCGGAGCUGUGGGCGGUGGCCGAUGGCGGCGUGCUGCGCGCGCUGGCCGACGGGCUGCCGGGCGUGCUGGCAGAGCGCGACCGGCGCGGACGCUGCGUGCUACUCAUGUUCGCGGCCAACUGGACGCCACACGCCUGCCCACUGCUCGCAGUCUACCGUGCACUGCUGCUCACGCUCGAACGCACGCUCCAGGACGUACAAAACCAAGCCAACGGAUACGUUAUCAUUGUUGAUUGGACCGAGUUUACAUUCAAACAAUCGUGCAAUUUACAAGCAAAAGUGUUAAAGUUGAUGAUUGAUGGCCUGCAGGACUGCAUGCCGGUACGGUUUAAGAGCAUACAUUUCAUCGGGCAACCGUGGUAUGUGGAGACCGCUCUGGCUGUGAUCAAACCGUACCUGAAGGCGAAGACGAGGGAACGCAUUGUGUUGCAUGGAAACAAUCUGUCCACUCUGCACGACGCUCUACCUCUGGACAUACUUCCGGCAGAGCUGGGCGGUGAGGGACCCUCGUAUAAUUCAGAGCGCUGGUUGAAAGAAUUCUGUCGAGGAGAAAAUAUCAGUCCUGUAAUACCCCCCACAUCGACGAACGUGGCAAAUGAAAACGACCCACCUUCGGCCAAACUGGACAAGGCGUAUAAACAAAAGGACAGUCCCAACUUUUCGUUUCAUGGAAACGAGAAAAGUGCGAAAUCAGAGUUAUUGCGUGAUAAAGACUGACCUUGUGGGCGUCGCAUCGAUUGCGUUUACAAAGGACUGCUGCGCCGGCCUGCACGCCGCCCAGGCACCGGGUGCGGAGCUACGUGCAACGGAUUUGCAUUUUGUGAUAUCGUGUGUGUUGCUAAUUUAUUCUCUUUAGGGACUGCUUAGAAAUUGGUAGAGAGCGAUUGUGUAGGAGGAAUAUUCGAAUAUGACUCACGUGCAUUUAUAUGGCCUCGGAUUAAGGAGUGUUUGGUGUCGUGAUUGUUUAUGUAGAACGUCUAUAAUCGGUUUGGGUGGUUGGUGGGUUAAUUAAUGAGCCCGCGGGUGUAGCGGCGGAGGUCGCGGGAUGCGCCGGCUGCGCCCGCGCAUGUAACGGUGCCGAGUUCUCGUUUCGCGGCGUCCGCUCUCGAUCGCGCGCUGCAUCGCUCGGUCCACAUCUUUUGCACAACAAUCCGUCCUACAUCUUAUUAUUCUCAUAAAUAUAGCAUUGUAUUCAUCUAUUUAUUGUCAACUAACCCUUCAUGGCACAUUAUCUCGUUACGUCACCACAUAAUCGAUCAUUCUAUGAUAUGACAAUAACAUUAAGGUAAGAGAUAGUUACGCUUGAUCAUGUGAGGCUUAUUGCGCAUUUACUACUACAUUUAAGAUUGUUUGGAAAAUAUUCAGUGUGUCAGCGAUUUAUUUUAAUAAUAAGUCAUUGUAAGAAUGAUAUUAUUUAAGUCUUUCUAGCCAGUGUGAUGUGAUUCUGAAAGAAGCAGUAUUAAGUUAUUGUGUUUGGUAGAAUAUCAUUCAUGUAUAAUGCAUGUACCGAGCACCGGUACACAUCGUCUAUCGCUCUCACUCAUAAACUGCUCUCUUCAUUAAUAUUUAAAGAAAUGUAAAUAAUAGGCAGCUGUGACACGAGACAAUAAAUUGUAUCAUUGCAUCUUCAAUAUAAAGUUAUUGGAGGAUAAUUUGUAAAUAUUAAUCUGUGACUGAUGCAGUUAUUCAAAUUGGUACCUACCUACUUAAUUUUGAAAUAAAUGUAUCGAAUAUUCGUA